CAGCAACAAACGUUCAGUCCGCAGCAAAGUCAAGCAGACACUUAGCAACACACAAGCUAGCAGCACUGCCCCAUACUUCCACUACCUACACUACUCCUUAUCUUCAGUACACUUUCAACACCGCAACCAUGCCGUACGAGAGCUUCAUGCCGCAGCAGCAGGUGGAGAUCACCGAAGUCGUGCAGGACACGACCACCAGCGCGUGGAUGUACGUGCUGCGCGUACAGCGCGGCAACACGAGCACAUACUCGUCGCCACGCGGACCCGUGGAGGAGGGUUUCAGUCACGAGUACGUUAUCAGUCGUCGCUUCAGCGAGUUCAAGCAGCUCCACGCGGCGCUGGUUUCCGUCAUGGGCGACGCAUUGACGCCGUUGCCGGCCGACGGUCUCAUGACGCUCAUCAUGGCAGACAACCAGGCGCUACUGGACGAGCGUCGUGAGGUGCUGGCCCAGAUCGUCAUGGACAUUCUGAACCACCCGGUGGCGCGCGAUCUACCGGACGUACUGGAAUUCCUUGGCCAUGAGUCUAUCAGUGCAAAGGUGAUGGCUCCGCUCUCAGGCCAAUGCACGGGAUCGAUCCGCAAGACGUCGUGUCCGGCGUGGACUGCGCCGUGCCGGGCGUCCGUCAUGUCGUCGUAAGAGGAGCAUCGCAUAUUCUCUCGACCGUGUUUUGACACGCGAGUGAUGAACAACCGCCAAUGCAGAGGCGAGCGGGUUCGAUCGCGCGAGCGAUAGUAUUUAACCA